AUGAAGGUUGCAGUCUUCAGCACCCACGGCUACGACAAGAAGUACCUUAACGCGGUGCUCAACUCGCGAUACCCGGACUCUCCCUCGCCAGCCCCUAAGGUCGAGCUGGUCUUCCACGAGUUCUCACUGUCUACCGAGACCGUCGCACUGGCCAGCGGCGCCAACGCUGUCUGCGUCUUCGUCAACGAUGUCCUCAAUGCGCCCGUCCUCGAAGGGCUACACCAGCUCGGCGUCCGAGCCAUCCUAUUACGAUGCGCUGGAUAUAACAACGUCGACCUUAAGAUGGCCGAGCAUCUCGGCUUCUUCGUGGCCAAUGUGCCCUCCUACUCUCCCGAAGCCGUCGCCGAGUUUGCCAUUGCACUAAUCCAGACCCUCAAUCGAAAGACCCAUCGAGCAUACAAUCGCGUUCGAGAAGGCAACUUCAGCUUGGAGGGCCUGUUGGGAAGAACUCUUCAUGGCAAGACAGUUGGGAUCAUGGGCACUGGAAAGAUCGGAGUUGCUACAGCCAGAAUCCUGAAAGGCUUUGGUUGCACGCUGCUCGCCUUUGAUCCCUUUCAGAACGAUCAUUUCAAGCAGCUGGGCGAGUACACGGAUCUGGACACCCUUCUGUCGAAAUCAGACAUUGUCAGCCUCCACUGCCCUCUGAUGGACUCUACCCACCACAUCAUAAACGAGCAGACGCUUUCAAAGAUGAAACGUGGUGCCCUACUGAUCAACACCUCUCGUGGUGGACUAAUCAACACUAAGAGCGUGAUCACAGCCCUGAAGAAUAACCAGCUAGGGGGCCUCGCGCUGGAUGUGUACGAGAGCGAGGGUGCUCUGUUCUACAACGACCACUCCAACAAUAUCAUCCAGGACGAUGAGCUCAUGCGGCUGAUGACUUUCCCCAAUGUUAUCAUCUGCGGUCACCAAGCCUUCUUCACUGAGGAGGCUCUCACGGAGAUUGCGGAGUGUACGUUGCGGAACAUGGAUGACUUCAUGAAGAGAGUGCCCUGUAAGCAUUCAUUGAUUGCUGGUGGGAGAACAAUGGUCAGGCGGGAUUCGCACCCUGUCCGUAUCUGA